AAUACAGCGUGCUUCCUAAUGCUAACAGACUGGGUGACAUGGUAUACUGUGUGCUUCCCUUGCUUCAUUUAUUAAUGUGAACCUUGGUGCAUUGGCAGCCGAUUAGUUAUUCCUAAUUGAAGGUUAUACUUGGUAAGGAUUUUCGAUAUAAAAAGUAGUCAUUUAAGGCCCACACAAUGUGUGAUUGGUUACAUGCACCUAUCCUCUUCAUUUUCUUAGUAUUUAUGUUCCCACUCUGCAGGUCAUAAUUAUAUUAAAACCGAAAAUGAAUAAAAGCUGAUAAAGGACUGCCCUUAUUCCUUCCGAAAUGUCACCAGUUAAGGGUAAUGAGAGGGCCAGAAGAGAAAAGGGGAAGAAAGACAAAAUGAAAAAACUAAAAGAUGAAAGCCAGCCUCAGAAAAAAGGACCAAACGAUUCCAGACCCCACUGCGUCUCUACUCCUGCAGUUGCCAGUGGAAAAAGAAAGGUAGAACUGUGCAAGGAAGACGAGGUGUGUUGCAGGGGGAAAGUUAAAGAGGAAGAAAAGAGUAUCAAUAAAGGUAAAGUGGAUUUGGAAGAGAAAAAAGCAGUGAAUGGAAAAAGUCUAAAUUGCAAUGAAAAGGAUAAAGAGAAUGGACAAAAAAAAAGUUUAUGGGAGAGGUCAGAAGGGACGAUCACUUCACAAAGAGAAAAGGGAGACCAUGAAAUACAGUAUAAAUCCAACUAAUAAAAGAGGAACAAAAACACCCCGAACCACAGGAAGACGGGCAGACACACCUACACCUGUAAGAAAGCCAGUAAAGAAUACUGUCAUACUGAGUGAAACAGAGGAGAGUAAGGAAUCUGAGAGCGAGGGAGAGAGCUCAGAGGAGGAAAGUGACGAAGAGACAGAGGAGCCAGUUAGUAAAGAGACAACUGAGACAGAAAGGCAAGAGACUGAGGAGAGCAGCGAAGAGGAGGUUGAGGUGUCGGACACAGAGAGAAGCACAGAGGGGCGAGCAGAGGAGGAAUCAGAGUUAGAACUUUUGCAAAUUGAGGAGAGAUUGGAGGGCAAACCCUUAGUGCAAACCAGGAAACGAUGGGAACCUGAAGAGGAAACAGUCAGCACCAGUGAGGGAAAAGGGGAAGAAUCAGAGUUGACAACGAGCGAUGGAGGUGAAUCUGAUAAGGUAAUUUCAAGGAAAAGGUUUUCACCAAAUAAAUCUACCACCACGCUACCACUCAGCUUGAUAACCAACAUCCCUGGCCCUGCAGAGGGUCAGAAAUCUAAGAUGUUUAAGAAAAAGGGCCAGGCUGAGAAGGCUGACAAAUCGAGGACACCAGAACAACCCCAGAAACUCUCAAAGGCAGAGAAAAAGAAAGCAGAAAAAGCUAAGAAAGCAGCAAAAAAGACAGAGAAAGCAGCAAAAAAGACAGGAAAAGAGAAACAGAAAGCAGAGGAAAACACCCAGCCUCUGAAAGCCUGUUCCUUUCAAAGGGCUGAUGCUACACCAAACAAAAGUCUGAAGCUUGCCAAAAAAAUUAAAAACUCCAAAGACAAGGAUGCUUCUUCUUCCUCACUUGAGACGCAGGACGAAGAGGUUGCCUCAACUUCAUCCAAAAUUCCUAAAGGCCCAUCAAAAAUGCUGCUGUUGAAAGCAAAAGGAAAGAAAGACCUUAAAGCCUGUCAGGAACAAGAGAAAGAGGAGCAACCAGAUGGAGUAGGAAGACAAGCAAGUCAGGGGAGCACGAAAAACAUUGGCCUUGUCCUGGGCCGAGUCAAGAUGGCCUCUGUUCAAUACAGAACCAGUCCGAUGUUGGCAAAGCCCGAAGAAGAAGUAGCAACAACAGAGUGUGCAGAUGAAGUUCCAGCCAAAACAACCAACCGUCUCAUCGCUAAUAAGAAAAGCAGUACGCCCCUACGCCGUGUCUCUGGCUGGAUCAGGGGAAAGAUGUCCAAAGGUUUCAACAUGAGGAGCCAAGUGAAGGCGAUGACCCAGGCCAUUGGCGUGUCACGCUGGCUCCCUCGCCAAGCAGUCAAGCCAAGGGAAGGAGCCACUGGUUCCAAACGGAGCCUAGUCAAACACAGAAUGGUCAUCAGUGUGGCUAGUAAAGCCAGCUUGGCCAGAAAGAAGAACCACGCUUCUGGAUCCGGAGCCAAUGAGAAUACUACUGUCAGUGAGGAGAAACAGGCUGGGGAGUCAGGUGACGAACCCCACUCCACCUCCCCUCCAGCUGCUAUUGUGUUCCCCAGGAUGAACAAGCUUGGCUUGGGUGUGGGCAAGGCCAAAGGAAUCUUGCCAACCCAGCCUGCUCAGCCAUCCUCCACAAGCCCAGGCUCCAGUACUGCAGCAGGAGCCAGUCACGAAUCCCCAAAGCCCCCCAAACCAGGAGCCAGGCUUGUUCUCCCAGUCAAACCAGACCUCACCCUCCUCAAGUCUACUAAAAAAUCUGUUCCUGGAGCCUCAGAAGGAGCGACAGACCUGGGUAGAACUGGCAGUACAAAGGAGAACGCAACAAAACAGGGACCUACAUCGGACACCAACAAUGAAGACAGGAAAAGAAAAGAGGCUCUCAAAAGCGAUGGCGGUGUCAGCAUCCUCCAGGGAGCCAAGGCGAAACUGGGAAACGGCCAGUUCAAACUGACCAAGCUAUCCAUGCCCGUCGCUGGUGGUGGAACUGGAGGACCCAACCGUGAUGGCGCUAUAGUCGUGGAGGAGACGGGAACGGGGACUAUAAGACCUACAGAUGGUCCUGCGUUUGGAGAACCUGUCAGACUGACUGGAGAACCAGCCAGAGUUGGGUCUGGAGUGGGAUCGUAUUAUGAGGAAGAGGCUGAUCGAGAAGUGGCCCAGCUGAUGGGAGAGGGAGGUUUGUACCCUGCUGGCCCUCCGGAGGUGCACUGGGCUGGGACUACAAAGAUGACUGGCGAUCCCCAGGACUGGCUGAGAGCGGAUACCCUCCUGCCGCACCAGACGGUGGAGAAACUGACCAAGUGGACGGUGUACGAGGAUGGGGACCAGGUCAAGACGGUACCAACCCACAACGGUAGAGGACCCUGGGAGGCUGAAGACUCUGCUCAGGACAUGCUGGAGAACCGCCUGAACAACACAAUGGUAUUGAUGCCAGGGACUGACGUAGCUGUGGAGGUGGACGAGGUUGAGGAUCUGUCCCAGCUGGAGGAGGUGUGUGAGAGCUCUGUGCUGCUGAAUCUGAAGAAGAGGUUCCACCGUGACUCCAUCUACACGUACAUAGGUAACAUGCUGCUGUCAAUGAACCCCUUCAAGCCCCUUAGCCUGUACACGGAGGACCUCCGGCAGCAGUACCAGGGCAAGGAUCAGCACCGCAACCCUCCCCAUGUCUACGCCAUCGCUGACGCAGCCUUCAGCCAAUCUCAGAGCUCGCCACAGGAGCAGUGCAUCGUCAUAAGUGGUCAGAGUGGGGCGGGAAAGACCGAGGCCACCAAGCUCAUAGUCCACUACCUCAGUUCUAUGUACCAGGGCCGGAACGAUAACCUCCGACAGCCAACCGAGGUGAUGCCCGUCCUGGAGAGUUUUGGGAAUGCCAAGACGAUCCUCAACAACAACUCCAGUCGCUUUGGCAAAUACCUUCACAUCCACAUCCUCCAUGGUGUGGUGGUGGGGACCUCGCUGUCAAAGUACCUCUUGGAGAAGUCACGCAUUGUCUUCCAGGCCAAAGGCGAGAGGAACUACCAUGUGUUCUAUGAGCUGUUGGAAGGGAUGAAUGACUGGGAUAAACAGAACCUCUAUCUGCAGGGAGCAGAGACAUACUACUACCUCAAUCAGGGCGGGGCCUGUGAGCUGAAGGGGAAGCUGGACAAACAAGACUUCUCGCUGUUGGUUCAGUGCUUUGAGAAGAUUGGUCUGCAUGCUGACCAGAUCUCCACAGUGUGGGCCAUACUGUCCUCCAUACUACAGCUGGGGAAUAUCUGCUUCAGUUCCUACGAGAAUGAGUCGUUUGAGGUGGCCCGUAUCUUUAGUCAGGCUGAAGCCAGAAGAGUAGGUUCACUGUUACAGGUGUCAUCGGAGGCCCUAGAGACGGUCAUCACACACAGAGUGACGGAAACCACCUAUGACAGGAUCUACUGCCCGCUGUCUGUAGAAAGUGCCAUAGAAUCCAGAGAUGCCAUAGCCAAGGCGCUGUACUCUGUGCUGUUUGAUUGGCUGUUGGAGCAGAUCAAUGAUUGGCUGAGUCCUACAGAGAUGGACAGCACCGUGGGCAUAGUGGACAUGUAUGGCUUUGAGGACCUGGGAGUGAACAGCUUUGAGCAGUUGUGUAUUAACUUUGCCAACGAGCAGCUGCAGCACUUUGUCAACAAAGCGGUGGUGACCCAGGAACAGGAGGAGUACAAUUCAGAGCAGAUCCAGUGGUACCCUGUCCCGCUGCAGGACUUCCACUCCUGCCUGGACCUCAUCUCCUCCAGACCUCACGGUAUCCUCCGCAUACUGGACGACCAGACCAGCCUGCCUCAGGCCACUGACCACACCUUCCUCCAGAAGUGCCACUAUCACCAUGGGAACAAUCCGUACUACACCAAGCCCAAGAUCCCUCUUCCCGUCUUUACUCUGUAUCACUCCGCCGGUGCCGUCACCUACCAGGUUCAUAAUUUCCUGAAUAAGAAUCACGAUCAGUUCCGUACAGAGGUGGUGGAGCUGUUCGCUCGGAGCCGUCUGAAGAUGGUGUCAGGGCUCUUCCAGAAGGUGCAGGAUAGUUAUCUGCAACAGAAAGAAUUGGGGCGGAGGGGCAAAGGUCACAGGCAGCAGCCCUCCACGGUUGCAGCUCACUUCCAACAGUCCCUGAGCGAGCUCAUCACGCGAAUGGAGAGGUGUAAAACCACAUUUGUUAGAUGUUUCAAGCCAAAUUAUGUCAAGCUUCCUGGUAUCUUUGAUGUGGACUACGUGUCAACCCAGUUGAGGCAUGCUGGGAUACUGGAGACCAUCACCAUCAGAAAGGAAGGAUACCCAAUCCGUAUUCCCUACACCUACUUUAUGGAGAGAUAUGGAAUCCUCCUGGUGGAGCGCUCAGACACCAUGUCUGACAAGGAGCAGACAGUGGCGCUACUGAAUUUUGUAGGAGCUGAGGAAGGACAGUACCAGCUAGGACUCACUAAGGUGUUCCUGAAGGAGACACUGUUCCAGCGUGUUGAGGACAAGUGGAGCAGCACUCAGACCUGGGCUGCAGUUACCAUCCAGAGGAACAUUAGAGGGUUCAUCUGCAGACGCAACUUCAGGUUUUUCAAACAGAAAGCCAUUGUCAUCCAGAGCCACAUACGAGGACAUCAGGCCAGGAAGUACUACAAGCGCCUGAGACUGUCUUUCACUCAGUUCUGGGCUACUAUGAUGAUUACCAGGAACACUAUAAAGAGACGACAGUGGAGGGAACAAGCAAAGAAGGACAGGAGCAAGGUGAGGUCCACCAACACUAAGACCGAGGAUUCUUCCUCCACAGGCAUGGAUGUGGGAAUGUUGGAGAUCCCGGCUGAGCUGUCAGCCAGACUACGCAGUGCAGCAGGAAGGCAGCAUGUCUCUGGGAUAACAGAGGUGGCGCCUCCACAGGUGAAGGCCGAACACCACCUCUCCCUGCCCAUCGAUAUAGACACCUGCCCCUUCUCAAGAUACACCAAAUCUACACUGAAGGAUAGCUGGGUCCAGCAACAGGGCUACCCCCUUCAACAACCUCUGACCUCCCUGGAGCCAGAGGAUGCGCGCACCGCUUUGGAGAUAUACAAACUGAUCCUGCGCUUUGUGGGGGACGGGGAUCUGAGUGGCUGGCAGGAGCAGCUCCUGGGGAACUACAUUGUGGAGAAGGGCCAGACCAGAAGCCCCCUCAGGGAUGAGAUCCUGGCCCAGAUAGUCCACACCACCUGGGGAAGGGAGACGGAGGAGAGCUCCCUGAGGGGCUGGUUAUUACUAGCCACCUGCCUCAGUGCCUUCACCCCUUCCCCAGCCCUUGACAAACCCCUACUGAAGUAUGUGUCCGACAGGGGUCCAGGUGAAUAUCGUUCCCUGUGCCAGCACAAACUCCUCACCUCCCUCCAGCUACCCUCACCCACUUCGCGACUCCACCCCCCCUCCCAGCUGGAGUGGACAACCAAUCAGAGGAGGGGAAAGAUGGUGUUGGACGUACACACCUUCAAAGAGGAGAAGAUGACAGCGGAGGUGGAGUCGUGGACCACAGGAGAGCAGCUGGCCUCAUGGCUGCUCCAUUUCAGAGGGUUGUCUGAGGCUCCUCUGGGCUGGUCUGUGUCUCUGCUAGGUGACGACAGCUGGUCUGAUCUGGCUGGAUGUGACCUCGUCAUGGACCUGUUGGCUGGAGCCGAGACUGGUGUUACAAUGGGCACCGCACAGCCACACCCUGACUACCUGUUCAGCCACGAGGACAACGGGAUGAUGACAACAGACCUAGAUGGCUUCAUUCCCCCGGCCCCCUCCAUGCCAGCCCCUGGUCUCCCCCAGCAAGGAGGGGCCCCCUGGGAUCACAGAGACCACCAGCCAUCAGAUGGGUCCGGUGGUCGUCAGAUAGAUGCCUUUGUGGAUGACCUUUUUGACCCAGUGCUGGACCAGGGACCUGGAGACCUGGAGCGUAUGGCCAUGCUGAACAGGAGGAUGAGAGGAGGAGGAGGGAUGUAUGGAGCAGGUGCUCCAAUGACAAUGCCAGGUUAUUCAAUGGGAAUGCCAGUCAACCCCGCCAUGCAAGGCUAUGGGGCCCCGAUGAUGCCAGGCAUGAUGCCAGCUGCCCCCCUACCCAUGAUGCCCACCAUGAUGAUGCCCCAGCCGGCAUCGCCAAGCAUCAACCCGCAGCAGAUGGCCGCGCAGCAGCAGGCGUUCAUCAACCAGCAGGCCCUGCUCAUGGCGCAGCAGAUGACCAUGCAGGCUAUGACCAUGUCCCAGCAGCAGACCCAGGAGCAGAGACGGCAGGCCAACCUCCGCACUGUCACGCCGCCCCGCGCCCGAUCACCCCCGCCGCCCGCCCGGACGCUCCCCCGGCCCCCCUCCCCGCCCCAGCAUCGUGCGCCCAGCCAGGAGAAACCCCAGCCACGGGCACAGCAUCAGAUACCUGAGCCCGAGAGAGACGUGGACUUGACCAGUCCAGAACAGCAUGAGUCUUUCAAGGAGAAGAGAGAGUUUUUCCAGAAGAUUUCUUCUCAACCCAAGCCAGAAGCCAAAACGCCGAAGCCUCGACCUGCUCCCAGCAGCCCGGCCAAAAAGACGCAGCCUCGCUCCCCCUCACCACCCCCAGCCCCCAGGAUUGUGCCACCUCCCCCGUCUCCUCCUGCUAGAGAACCAGCCCCCGCCAGCCCCCCUACCACCGUGCCUCCUCCCAGUUCCAGCAUCCGGGACAUAAUUAAACAGUACCAGAACCGCCCAGCCAGUGAACCAAAACCCUUUGAACCUGUCAGGGUUCCAGCACGGUCGUUUGUGAAGAAGAAUGAUCCUAAAGAGGAGGCCCUUGCAAUCCUCAGAGGUAAAGGACCUGUACAACAGAAAAAGAAAGAAUGGGCCCCUCCUCCCCCGGGCCAGAAGAGGCCGCUUUCCCCUCCCUCCACCAGGGGGCCUCGGUCCAUCUCCAACAGCAUGAGGCAGAAACAACUUUACCUUGCUGACCUGUUUGGCUCCCAGGGCCGCUCUAAGGAGCCCCCAUCUGCUCCCCCCGAGUCCGCCCCCCCUCCCCCCAUAGCCCAAUCCAUCUAUGAGAGCGUGCCAGACCCCCCCUCCGAAGCCGCACCCACUCUCUAUCUGCCCUCUGAGGAGGACAAUAUUCGCUCCCAGCUCCACAGGUUCUCUGCCAGUGUUUAUUUCUCCUAUUCUUCCAUGCCUGGCAAACUUAUCCUACGCAAAGAGGUGUUUUACCCCAGAGAGAGGUUCAACCAUCCCUACAUCCUCAACCUCCUUUGUGAGCAAAUCAUGAGAGACACAUACUCUGACUCCUGUGUGAGGAUCUCCAGAGAGGAGCGGAGGAAAAUGAAGGAUCUACUGGCCAGUUUCCACGUGGGCACGAGUAUCAGCUCAGUAGAGGACGACAACAUGAAGAAGAGGAUAGUGAUGGCUGCCAGAGACAACUGGGAAAACUACUUUACUAGACUGUUCCCUGUCAAAGGCAGUGGCGGCGAGGAAACCCAGUUGUUGGGCGUGUCUCAUCGUGGGAUUCGUCUCCUCAAGGUAGCCAGAGCAUCAGGCAUCAACCCCAAACACCUGCGCCUCCUCCGGAGUUACAGCUAUGCAGAGCUGCUGUCGUUGGAGCUACGAUCUGAAGACACGGUGGAGUUCAUUCUGAAGGGAGACCAGCUCCAGCUACAGAGCAACAGGGCUGUUCAGAUCGCUGCCAUGGUCAGCCUGUUUCACCAAGAACUCAUCAAGGGCUCGGAUCAUGUCAUCGCCCUGAAGAGCUUUGUGACGGACGAUAAGAGCCUACUCGACUUCCGCAAGGGUGACAUCAUCAAACUCCUGGCAAUGGAAAGCCUCCAACCCGGUUGGUGUUUCGGGUCCAUCGCGGGGCGCUCCGGUCUCUUCCCAGCCGACUUCACCCAGCCGUCUGCCCCUCCUGACUACCAUCACGUACGACUUGACAACCGUGAACAAAGGAGGAAGAGCAUGAGAGAACCCAAGCCUGUCGCAGCCAUUGGACCCCCAGGCCCCAGGCCCGCCCCCAAAAUGAAUUCAGCCCAGCCCAGCCGGGAGGGCUCCGUGGCCGAGUCGACUCGGUCCGCCCCUGGUUCGGUCCAGGCCAGUGAGAUUAGUGAGGCCCAAAAGGUUCUGAUGACAGACUUCGCCAUGAAAUUUUUCAGAGACUCUGUCAGCAGAGUUGAGGGUCGAGGUUUGCUUGACGGAGGUAGGAACUUCACAGACAUGGUUCAGUACACGGACGUUCCCAUUCAGGAAUCCCUCAUCCUGUACUCUGAUCUGGAGCUCAAUGGCUUGGCUGUCCAAGUCUUCAUUAGUGUGAUGCAGUUCAUGGGUGACCAGCCUCUUGGGAAGCACAAAUCUGAAGGAGACUGUGUCAGCCAUGUGUUGAUGCUGGGAAAGGAGAAGGAGUUCUUACGAGAUGAGAUCUAUUGUCAGAUCAUCAAACAGACAACCAACAACUUACACCAGGAGAGCUGUACCCGUGGUUGGCGUCUGCUCAACCUGGUAACAGGGUUCUUCCCCUGCUCUGGCAAUCUGAACCCUUAUGUCACACACCACCUACAACACAUCAGCCAAAACCCCACACACCCCUACCAAGAGCUAUCUAAACAUUGUAAGGAGAACCUCUUCCGCAGUCUAGUCCAUGGAGGUCGCAGACACAUCCCCUCUCACGUAGAGAUGGAAGCCAUACUUGCUGGCAGAAGUUUUCGUCGAUUGCCAGUCAAGCUCCCUGGUGGAGUGGAUUUCCCGUGUAAGAUACACAGCUUCAGUGUGGCUCUGGAGGUGGCUGAAGAGCUGUGUAGAGAGAUGGGUAUCCAAGACCUAUCCGAAGUCAAGGAGUUCUCUAUCCAUGCCAAUCGGGACAAAGAUGGGAUGGUGAGGCCCCUCCACCCUGAUGAGUACCUCUUUGACUUUCUAUUGGACGAUGGCUCCAUCUUCCUGUCCUUCCAUCGCGUCAUAUGGGCACACCCACUUCACUUUGACAAUGGCCUGUACCUUGAGUUCCACUUCCAACAGGUCCUGGGUGACUACUUGUAUGGCAAGUUGUUUCUGCCAGGCAGUUAUGACACUGUCCUCCAGCAGAUGGCAGAGCUGGCUGCCCUGCAGCACCUGGCACAGGGCCUCAGUGAGGAGCCCACUGUGCCUGAACUGAAGGAGUACCUCCCCAGACAGGUUGGGGGCAGUACAAACCUGGAACAGAUUCACAGUUUCACCCUCCGCGAGCUGAACACCAUGCAGUCCCUCAGCCCCCAUGACGCCAAAGCACGCUUCCUUGAGUGUCUGAGCUCCCUGCCUCUGUUUGGCUCAAAUAUCUACCUGGCUCAGAAGGUCAGCAAUCGCAGCUGCCCCUCGCCCUGCCUGGUGGCCGUCAACCAAGAAGGAGUGUUGUUCUGCCACCCUAAAACACAGGAGCGGUCCUUUGUGAUCCCUUUGGAGGAACUGCAGUCAAUGCGCUCUGUCAAAUCCAAGAAAGUGCCAGCGGUGGAGAUCACCUAUAGCAGCAAAGGACGCCCGGAGACCAUGACCAUCCACCUCAAACAGGCCAAGGAGCUAUGCCACAUCAUUGCUGUCUUCAUGGAGGAGCUGGUGCGACCACCCAUAAAUAGUUCUGUGUCCAGCCGGAACCACUAAGCAUGCACACACACAUCAGCAGUUGGAUAUGAAAUUAGAUACAUAAAUGUCAUUCAUUGACACAUGUAAGCAAUAAGAUCUAAUCAGUUUUUAGAUGUGCUGUACAUUUUCUGUGACAUUAUACAUUGUCAAUUUUGAAGUGUUCACAAUACUGCAAUAUCUGCAGUAAUAGUGUAUUGAUAGUGUAUUACUGUACUUCUUACCUGUUGUCCAUUGAUUUUGCCCUUAAUGUGUUUGAAAAUGGGAACACUGUUUUUACUUUGUGGUUGGGGUCAAUGUAAAAGUUGAAAUGAGAGGUGCCUGUACUGCUGAUUAUUACCUCAAAUCAAUGCCUUAGAAUUUUUAUCAACAACAUAAUAAAACGUAAAAAAAAAACAUGUUAUUGCUUUGAAUACCAAUGACAGUUUAAAUUUGAAUAUUGCUUUUGUACAUGAGUUUCUGUGCAAUAAACUUUACGUGACCAAUAAAUAAUUGUUAGGAUGCAUUAUGUAGUAAAUCAUUUUCUAGAUAGGAAAUUACAUUAAAAAAAUUAGAAUAGAAGAUGCUGUCUUUGUUUACUUUCUGUAUAACUAUAUAGAAAGCAUUGCCUGGGAGUAAUGUUUCAAUGCUAUGGGGUAGAUUUUAGCUAACGUGAAAACUUUUUGAAUGUUCUUUUUCCAGCUUUGUUUAAAAAGAUGGUGGGAAUUUUGAGGUAAUUUAACCUACUGAUGCAUUUGUAGCUAUGUACCAAAGGUGGCAGAACAGACCGCUCAGGUUGGGAUAUUUCCACACUAUUUUUAUUUCUGUGCUUGAGACAUGUGAUCAACCAAUUAAAGUUUGCAUAUAUA